AUGGUCCGCAUCGCUGCCGUCACCCUGGCUUUUGCUGCAAUUGCCUUCGCCGCCACAAUAAACACUCAAGGCGCCUUCGGUGCUGACAUACAUCUGGCCAGGCGACAGAAUACUACUGCUGAUGGAGCCCCCGAAAUCGGGGGCCCAGGCAAGAUCCCGCAGAUGAUUGAAGCAUUUGAGAGAAAAAUCGAAGACAGCCCAGACAAAGAGAUUAAAAAAAUGUACGAUGAUAUCAACAAUGAGAUCAAGUCCAUCGUGGGGGACACUGACGGAACUACGGGCCCUAAGAAGAAUAACAUCAACGACAAUGCUCCCAAUAAGGCUAACCUUAGUGGGGCGGAAAAGGCUUCCAUUCCGGACGAAUCUUCCGAGGAGCAGCCCAAGACCUCAGGUGUCUAA